AAUACUACUUGCGAGCAAGGCAGUGUUUCUCCGCGAUACGUGGAGGUGCGAGGAAUAGAGGACGUUCAAGCCACUCUCAACUUCACCAGAUCUCACGGACUCCGACUCGUCAUCAAGAACACCGGUCAUGAUUACAAGGGUCGGAGCUCAGCGCCGGAUUCUCUUGCGCUGUGGACGCAUCCAUAUCAACCCCCCAUCCGGCUCCUGAAAAACUUCACUCCAGAAGGCUGUUCGGCCCCGACGGGAAAUGUGAUCAAGUUCGGGGCGGGACAACAGUUCAAAGGCAUCUAUAACUUUGUGCAUGCACGGGGAUAUCGGGUCGUGGGAGGAGGUUGCGAUAGUGUCGGAGCCGCGGGGGGGUGGAUUACUGGUGGUGGGCAUGGGCUGAUGGCUAAUGAACUUGGUCUCGGGGUCGACAACGUCCAAGAAAUCAAAGUCGUACUAGCCAACGGGACAUAUGCCACUGCGACUCGAUGUCAGAAUCCUGAUCUGUUCUUCGCGCUGCGCGGUGGCGGCGGCGGGACCUUCGGCGUCGUGAUGGAGAUGAGCACCCUCGUCCAUCCGGAUCGACCAAUGGAAGUCUUGAAUGUUUCCUUGACCGGGUUGGAUCCCUACUCUUCCGCCGCAAGAGAUUUCACAACCUUGAUAAUUGCGAAUGCCGAGCGAUGGGCUGCGGAGGGAUGGGGUGGAUCCCUGAUUCCGGGUUCAACAGAUUACGCUUUGAUCAUAGCCACAGCUCUGCUGGACCAUUCGGCCGCGUUGGCGUCCGUGCAGCCGGUGCUGGACUUUGCUCGCCAGUUCAAUACCUCGAGCGCAACCCUCUCCUCGGUUGCCGGGUUCCUCGACUUCAUGGAACCCGUCACCUCGAACCCUCUCGUACAAAUGUCGAAGGUGUCCACCGCCGUCUCGUCGCGGAUCAUCCCACGCACGUCGUUUCAGAACACAACGAGUCAGGCUCAACUGGCUGAGCUUAUAACCCACCUGGUGGUCCUCAACGAUACUCUACCAACACCCCCUGCACCUCAAGUAGCGGUUCUUCUCGUCGCUCCAGUGCUAUAUUCGCAGAAUCUACCAAAGGAGGAUGAACCAUUCGGACCCGGGGCAUCAUCAGUCACGCCAGCAUGGCGCAGUGGGCUUUGGCAUCUCCUCCACAUACGUGCCAUUGACAGCAGCAUGAGAGACCCAGAGCUCAUACGACAAGUCUGGCAGAGUGUUUCCCACGCCAUGGAUCCUCUGCGGGAAUUCACGCCCGAUUCCGGUGCUUAUCAAAACGAAGCCGACCCGUUUGAGCCGGACCCCAUCGGUGCGUUCUGGGGCAAGGCAAACUAUGAGCGUCUCCUUCGCAUCAAAAAAGAGGUAGACCCAGAAAACAUGUUCACGGUGCAUCAGGGGGUGGGUUGGGACCGGAAUGAUGGGAGGUAUCAGUGUUACCCAGAUGUGUAG